UGCCCUUGCUGCUUCUCCAUCAUCUCCUGUUCUCACAUUGACUGGCAUUAUCUGAUCUGGAGGAGGGUGUGUCUGCAUUAAGAUCGCAUUGCCUGUGCCCUCAUUCUGGACAUCAUCCUCUUCUCUGAGCGUCGACAAAGCGCCUGAGGCUGCAACGAUCAUGUGGAACGACGAGGACAACAAUCCGUACGGCGCGUUUGAACACAACGAGUCUCAUUUCUCUGAUUCCUUGCACUCAGCAUCAAUCUCCCCUACUCUUAUCGACCGCGAAUCCAGCCCGUCUCCGAGCGCACACUACAGCGAUGACCCCCCUGAUUACGUUACAAAUGAACCCGAUCUUAGCGACGAAGAUGGUCCAGCAUAUGGUGCUCAGCACGCUCCUGGAUACCGCCGGAAGAGUGUCUAUGACAGUCGCAUAGAGCAGAUCCUCUACGAAAACCUGGACAUGCCGAUCCUUAUCACCGACGCCGGGAAGAACCAUGAAGGUGGUGGGAGUUUCAUCGUCUAUACCAUACGGACCGGUGAUCUAGAAGUCCGACGGCGAUACUCGGAAUUCGCUUCUCUUCGACAGACACUGGUCAGCCUUCAUCCGACUCUCAUCAUUCCUCCGAUUCCCGAGAAGCAUACGAUGGCGGAUUAUGCGGCUAAGCCCACGAAGGCAAAGGAAGAUACAUCUAUCAUCGAGCUCCGGAAACGAAUGUUGGCUGUCUUUCUGAACAGAUGCCGCCGCAUGAAGGAGGUCCGGGAAGAUGGUGUGUGGUGGAGAUUUUUGGAUCCUAACGUUAGUUGGAAUGAGGUUCUCCAUUCUUAUCCCGCGUCGUCGGUACCUAAGAACAACUUGAAAGCGCCCCCGCUGGAUCCUGCGAACCCAACGCCAGCACAUGCCUGGUUGCCAGUUCCCUCUUCAUCCGCAAAGCUCAAGUCAGGUGCUGCACCCUCCGGUGACGACGUCGCACCGUCAAGUACAGCUGGCUCCCAGAUUCUGCCGCGUUUCCCACCUGACUCGCGUCAGCUGAGUGAAAAGGAGCUGGAUCCUUAUUUCAUCAAUUUUGAGGCGGCCACUCGGGAGAUGGAGUUGCUCCUACAGGGUAGUUUAGAGAAGGUGAACCGUCGGACAUUGGCGCACCUGUCGUCUCUGUCUGCGGACUUGAUGGAACUUGGAGCGCGAUAUAAUGGCUUUUCCCUUUCCGAGCAAUCGCCGACCGUAGCUGCAGCAAUUGAACGCAUCGGCCAGGCAGCGGAUACGUCGUACAUUGAGACAGAGGAGUUGUCUGGUUCUCUGAGCGCGAGUUUCGCAGAGCCAAUGCGGGAAAGCGCGCAAUUCGCUAGCGUCGUUCGAAGUGUUCUCCGGUAUCGGGUUCUGAAGCGGGUGCAGGAAGACAUGACUCGCGAUGAAUUGGCUAAGAAAAGAACAUUGCUUGAUUCUCUCGAAAAGAGUGAAAUGGAAGCAAAACGGAUCGAGCAGUAUCUGAACCGCACAGCUCCUCAGCCUGCAAGGAGGAGCCAACGCUCAUUAUCUACCUCGUCUGCCGUUACCAGCGGCGAUCAUGAGACUGAAGCUCGCCCAGGUAGCACAGAAGAUACUGCAUCGAUUGACUCGGAUUUCCCGCCGACGCAUGGGGAGAAUGCGACCAUACCGCCACUCGCGUCCCAGGUUACAGUGCCAAAAAGGACAGACCCAUCUGCAUCGGCUCAUGCCCACCGAAAAACUUCCAGUGGUACCUUCAUGACCAACAAAAUAUUCGGCCGGAUCAGCCACGCUGUUCAUGGCUUCGUGGACGUCGAUCCGGAACGGACGCGUCGCGACCAGAUCGGAAAGACAAAAGAGAGUCUGGUACAUUUAGAGCAGGCGCUGGAAGUAUCAGAGAAGGACGUCAAGGAUGCUAGCGCAGGGGUCUUGCGUGAUCUGAAACGGUUCCAGAAGGACAAGGAGGCCGAUCUUCGACGAUACAUGGUUGCAUAUGCCCGAUGCCAUCUCGACUGGGCCCGGAAGAAUCUGGAGACAUGGACAGAAGCGAAAGAUGAAGUAGAUAAGAUCGUUGUCCGAUAGGCAUAUAGGGGAUUCGGUUGCAACUUCUUAUGUGACAUGGCUCUAAUCUGGGAGUUUGGAGUUCGACGAUGGUGGUUCACUUGUUUUAUUUCGAUUGAUGGCACCGCCCUUUCUUCCCGGUUUCAUGAAUGCUUCCUUUAUGGAAUUGGGUCCUGGUAGGCUAGGUGAAUGUUCACUUCUCACUUAGACAGCUUAUGUCCCCUGUCUACUUGGAGGUCAUGGUACUGUCGUCUUGCGAUUCAUCUAUGCGGGAGGUCUAUAGAGGAUAUCUAUUCAACAUCUUACCUUUUGAAUUGUCUUUAUAUCUUGUUUCAUGCUUUCCAUUUACUCAAGAGUCUUCUCAUCAGCAGAUGACAUGAUCAGUAACUAGUACUGCUGGUGAGAUUUGAAUAUCUAUCUCUAUGAACGAACAGUGAUAAUGGGCAAUUAGUACUUGGUAUGCAUUAAUGAUAUGAUACAUGGUAAUAUGUAGGGCAAAUUAUGAAAAAAAACGUUUAAUCAAAAUAGACGACUGGAUUUGCAUUCGAUAUUUCCUCCAGAGACAGGGGCUGGCAUCCAGAUACGAACACUGCUGAGAUGCAUCUCAACCCCCUGCCCAAGAACCGAUAGGAUAUUUAAUUAGACCCGGUGACUGGGCUUACGGAGACCUGAUAUGUGCAUGGUCCCCAGAGCCCUUCUCUCCCUGCUGAUGCCGAUCAUCCUUCAACAAACUGGGGCCGAUAUCAAGCACGCUGAUUUCACUCUCGCUCAUGACGGUACAGCGUCGUCUUCUCGGGUUCAGCGAAGCAGAAGCAGCAAUAGUAAGCAGGCCUUCUGCAUUUGUUGUACUUGCUCUGUUUUGAUCCUUGUUCAGAUGACGCUCCUUGUUCUGCUGCUGAGUCCUCUUGACGCCAAUCUCCUCGUCACUGCUCGACGGUGUCUCGUGUUUAGAGCAGGAACCAGACAUCCUCAACCGACCCGAAAAGUUGUUCCAGACAUCCGAUAUCUUCUCUCUCUGCGGAGGAGACCUGGGUUCCAGGAUAGCGGACUCGAUCAUCCUUCUAUCUUCGUCUGAGUCGCUGGGGCUGGUAUUGGGAUUCUUGUAGUUCGAUGAAGGGGUCACGAUGAUGUCUGUGUCUAGUUGGAUGAGGACUCGUUUUGGACGGCGGAUAUCGAUGGGUUGUGAGCGCUUGCAAAGGGCUGAGGGGAGUUUGAAGGAUGUAUUUGACGUCGUUGAGGAUGGGGAGAUGGGUGUUGAUGGGGAGAGUGUAUCUGGUGUAGUGGAUGUGGAGGUCGACCUCCCUUCUAAUGUAAUUCCAUCACCGUCCCCGGGUCGAGCUAAAGAUUCCCUUGUUGGCGAUCUUGAAGCUCUCUGGUUAGCCCCGUUAUAUGCUCGUCCGAACACCAUAUCGUCGUCACCGUCGUCGUAGCUGUCAGCUCUUCGGCGUAGAGCCGGAGGAUUCCCAGCGCUACUCUCCGAGUAGAAGGGGAAUCGACCCCACAGUUCUUCCCAAGUGCUUUCCUCGAGCUCAUUCUCGUUCUUUUGUGGAUGUGACGAGCAAGGACUUUCAUUUCUCUUGCCUCCAACGUUCAUUUUGUGGAGGCGAUUCGUGUUGAGCUUGGUCAAUAUCGUUCACUCCUACAAAGUCCUGGAGCUAUGGAUGCCCGGUGUGAGUAUCUGCGAGGCUGCUAUAGACCCUAUUACUGGACGAGAGAGUAAAUGCAGCGCUGAUAAAUGAACGAGGCAGUAAAGUAGAUCUAUCCUGUGCAGUACCUGCAUGAAAGCCGACAGUGCAAUCUGGUACAUGUACAAAGAGAUAGUUGUAUCCCGGUAUACAUUAAAU